AUGAAAGAAUGGUUGUAUAACAAAGAUAAAAAAUUAUACAAAGAGGUGAAGAAUCAAUAUCAUAAAUGUUUUAUCAACAAUUUCAUUAUUUAUCUAUCCUGUCCUUUGAUGGCAUUUUCAAGGCUCUUGCGAUGA